GCCCUCCACCGCGCCCUCCCGUCGCGUUGGCCCCUCACUCCGUAGUCCGUCCGCCUCCGCAGCCCCGCUAUCUUCGCGACGACGCGAGGACGUGUACAACGUAGUCAAAGCUCGUGUGUAUUUGUGACCGGCUGUGUUGGCCUGCAUACGGGACGCACCUCAGUUCAGUGACAGUAUUUGUUAUCUGUGGUUCAGUGCAUAGUGAGUUGACUGUGCCAUUGUUCGAGAGAGGGACUGCGUCGAUCUGCCGCAGCCUCCGCCGGGGGCAGUGACCGCAGGCGCGAUCUCGAGUCGCGGCGGCGCCGGCGCAGCACCUUGCGCCAUGGAGUGCGGCGUAGCUGCAGCGGGGGCGUAUCCCCCCGCGCACUCAGCACACCCUGCGCUGUCACCCACCGAACGCUCGCCAGCCAAGACUGGCCUUCAUGUGAACUUCAGCGAUAAGGGCGAGGUCAAGGAGAGGCGUGAGAAAUUCCUCACUGCAAAGUAUGGCAGUCACCAGAUGGCGCUGAUUCGAAAGAGGCUCGCCGUCGAAAUGUGGCUCUACGACGAACUACAGAAACUCUACGAAAUUCCGAAGGAGAGCAGUGGCGGAAGCGGCAAUAGCACGCAAGAGGUGGAGGUCGACAUCGAUGAACUGCUCGACAUGGACAGCGAUGAUCACCGUCGGCGGCACCUUACUACGUUACUAGCGGAUGCCAAAAAACCACAAAAGGAUGUACAUAAAUUCAUCAACGAACUUUUAGAAAAAGCGAAAACCCUGUAGAUUAAUAAAUGGAAUCUUCUUACGGAACUUCUGCGAGCUGUGAAGCUGGACGCGACAGCCAUGGAGUCGCGGCUCCUCAUUAGUUGUAGGCAAUAAACAUAAGUGGAAUAGAUCGCGUGCGAUGUUGUGACGGAGUUGUGACGACGGAGACUCCUCUGUUCGUCGCCGCGCUGCACGCACGUUGUGAUAUAAGCACGUGUAUGUCUGUUAGAACAUGUCGAAUGAGUUGCAUGCUUGUAUAAUUAGUGACCAAUGAAUUACGUGAGACAGACUGUCGCGUUUUUACGAAACUCGCUGCGAUGGUAUAGAUUAUAUAUGCGUUGUACUUUGAUACCAUUAUAUCUGUGGUCGUACUAUGUAGGUUUAUAUUAAGAUUUUGGUAUGUCUUAUUAAAGCACUCACAGAUAACCAUAGUAGUUCACAAGCAAGUUACUCAGAUAAUGGCCAGUUUUAAUGUGAAAAGAUCUAUUAGAAA